UCUUACAGAAAUUGCAGCCUCUAUCGCCACCCCUUUUGUGGAAAGGGUCCUGCCUGUAAAAGCAUGAAAAUGCAUCCUCCUGGAUUGCUGUUUUUCUUCUUAGCAGUAUGUUCCACUCCCACAGCUGACUGCCAGACUCAGAAGUUAAAAUCCAUGCGAUGUAAUAUCAAGACGAUGUUUACGUUGAAUACAGCAUGUACUGCUUGUGCUGCAGCGCCUAAAAUGUUGUGUCCAAGAGGCUGGUUAAAGACCACCCAAGGAUUAGGAGUGAGGGACUGCAGAUACACUGUCAAGUUAGCGGAGAAUACCCUUUCCCAGCCAGGGUGCCAUCACAUGUGUAAGAAGGAAAUUGAGGAGAAAAAGUGCUGCCCAGGAUUCUGGGGUACAGAGUGCUAUGAGUGUCCAGGUGGCUCUCAAAAUCCCUGCAAUGGCCAUGGGACAUGCUUGGAUGGUAUGCAGCAAAAUGGGACCUGCAUCUGCAAGGAGCAAUACAGUGGUUUUGCCUGCCAGAAUUGUCGAGAUGAAAAUCGCUUUGGCCCAGACUGUCAGUCAGUGUGUGACUGUGUGCAUGGGGAAUGCAACAGCGGCGUCGCUGGGAAUGGAAGCUGCACGUGCUAUGGAGGCUACACUGGCCCCAGAUGUGACCAAGAGCUUCCCCUUUGCAAAGGCGUGACAUGCGAGGCCAACAGCGAGUGUGUAGUAAGGGAUGGGACAGCGAUGUGUGACUGCAAGCUGGGCUACAGAAAAAGUGGGAGCACUUGCCAAGCUGAGGAUCCUUGUGCUGCUUCUCCAUGCUCCCCCUUCGCUGUAUGUAAGGUUCUUGAACCACGAAAGUAUCAAUGUACCUGCAAGGAAGGAUUUCAAGGAGAUGGGAAGAUUUGCCAGCCUAUAAACCCUUGUGUUGACAGCAAUGGAGGGUGCCCGGAAAACUCUACUAUUUGUAUUUACAGACGUCCAGGAGAGGCAUCUUGUGUUUGCAGGCCUGGGAUGAGUAGGAGAACUCCAUCGUCCGAGUGUUCUGUAUUUCCCAACGAUUGCCGGCAGUAUUUUUGUGACAUGACUUCCACGUGUGAAAUUAAUUCCCAGGGGAAUCCUAGUUGUGUGUGCAAAGAAGGGGAGAUUGGAGAUGGGAGAAGUUGCUAUAAAGAUCUCUUGAGUGAGAUAAAUCAGCAAAAUUCACGAGGAAGGUUUGCUAGGAAAUUAAACGUCGCCAGAAAAAUGUUUGCUGCUGGUUGCUCAGCGUUGCUGACUAAAUACGGGCCUUUCACAGUCUUUGUACCAUCCCUUCUUCUGAUUCAUGAUAAAAUGGAAUUUAACGAUACCACUGCUGAGCAUUUGUGCAGAAUGCACAUUGUUCCUGGUCUGCAUUUAGUAGAAGACAUGGUAAAAGCCAAGACUGUGUGGACCUUGUCAGGACAUCAGCUAACAUUCAGCAGCCAGACGUACAUCAAAUCAUUUCGAUAUCAAGACCUGCCAGGGGAACUGUACAGUAUUUUGCAAUCGAACCUUCCAGCCGCCAAUGGCAUCAUGCAUAUUGUUAACGCCCUAAGGAAAAAAACCAGCACUGACAACCUCGGAAACCCACAGAAAACCAUUGGUGAGAUCCUUGCUUCAAUGGAGAUCUUCAGUAGAUUUGAAACUAUACUGGAGAACUGCGGCCUGCCUGCAAUACUAGAUGGACCAGGUCCCUUUACCGUAUUUGUACCCAGCAAUGAUGGUGUGGAUAAGUUGAGAGAUGGAAGGCUCAUUUAUCUUUUCACAGAGGGCAUAAAUAAGCUUCAGGAACUUGUGAAACAUCAUAUCUACACUUCAGCAGCGGUGACUGUAGAGAAACUGAUAAUGAUGCCUCACAUUGUUACUAUGGCUAACCAGAUAGUUACCAUCAACAUCAGCGGAGAUGGAAGAAUUCUGAUGGAUGAAUCAGGGAUCCCCUUAAACAUGCGAGACAUUGUGGCAUCAAAUGGUAUUAUUCAUACCUUGGACGGCAUCUUCAUCCCUCCUUCAAUAAUUCCCAUUUUGCCUCACAGAUGCAAUGAAGAGCAACAUAAAAUCGUGACGGGCUCUUGUGUGGAUUGUGAGGCCCUCAACAACAGCGUUUGCCCACCUGGCAGCAGAGAAAUGGAACCAGAGCUCUUCCCAAAAGAAUGUGUCUACAUCCAUGAUCCACAAAACCUGAAUGUCCUGAAGAAGGGAUGCGCCAGGUACUGCAAUCAAACCGUCAUGAAACCUGGAUGCUGCAAAGGAUUCUUUGGUCCGGACUGCAUGCCAUGCCCAGGGGGAUUUUCCAGUCCAUGUUAUGGCCGGGGAAAUUGCAGCGAUGGCAUACAAGGGAAUGGCAACUGCCACUGCUUUGAAGGUUUCAAAGGAAUAGCCUGCCACAUCUGCUCAAACCCAAACAAGCAUGGCGAGAACUGUGAUGAAGAUUGUGGCUGUGUCCAUGGUGUCUGUGACAACAGGCCUGGCAGCGGUGGUGUGUGUCAGUCCUGGUCCUGUAAGGAAGGCUAUACUGGGAAAUUCUGUGACAAGACAUCCAAGAACUGUGGCCCAAGCGGGCUGUCCCAGUACUGCCACCAGAACGCUGUCUGCAGCCUCAAUGACACAGCAAGGUGCAUCUGCAUGGAUGGAUAUGAAGGUGACGGGUUUUCCUGCCAGCCCAUAGACCUGUGCAGUCAGCCAGAACGAGGAGGCUGUUCACAGAAUGCCCUGUGCACCAGUACGGGCCCCGGCACCGCUACCUGCCAGUGCAACACAGGCUGGACUGGGGAUGGGAAAGCCUGCGUGGCUAUCGACAACUGCAUGCUGGAGAGCAGAGGGAACUGUCACAUCAACGCUGACUGCAUUUAUAUUGGCCCUGGCCAGAGCAAGUGUGUCUGCAAGAGGGGUUAUGCUGGCGAUGGCCACAACUGUGAUGCAAUCAACCCAUGCCUCAUGGACAACGGUGGCUGCCACGACUUGGCUAUGUGUGUACCCCUUGGAGGAGGAGAGAGAUCUUGCGCUUGCCCUCAAGGCUACAUGGGAGAUGGCAUGACAUGCUACGGGGACAUUCUAAAAGAGCUGGCCAGGAAUUCCCACUUCGCAGGCUUCUAUGACUGGCUUAAGAAAUCUCUCUUCAGCAUCCCAGCAGGAACCAAUGUCACUGCCCUGGUGCCAUCGGAGGCAGCUAUCAAAAACUUGAGCAAGACUGAGAAAGAUUUCUGGUUGACCCCUUACAUGCUGCCAUUUUUAGUCAGGGCCCACUUUCUUGAAGGUGUCUUCACUGGUGAAAAGCUCAAAAAGUACGACAGGCCAGAAUUACCCACCCUCAACCCACAGACCAGAUGGCAGAUAAACACCAGGAGCGGUGUAGUAACCAUCCAGAACGCAAGUAUAGUUGUCAGCGACAUCCCUGCCAGCAACGGCAUUAUUCAUGCCCUCAGUAAGGUGUUGUUCCCGCCUUCAGGAGGUAUCCCACAGAGUCCCCCAGGUCUGCAGAAACAGCUUGAGACAGUUGCCUCAUUCAGCACAUUCAAGGAGUUGCUACAGCAAUACCAGCUCACUGGAAAAAUUGAGUCCUCUGAAAAAUACACAGUUUUUGUUCCUGGAAAUAAUUCCAUCGAGGAGUACUGCCGUGCUGCCAAUGUGACACAGUUGGACAAUGAGACAGUGCAGUACCACAUUGUACUGGGAGAGAAGCUCUUGCCCACGGACUUGAGAAGUGGAAUUCAUAAGAACAGCAUGUUAGGGCUCUCCUACUGGCUAAUGUUUUAUCAAAACAGCACCCAGAAGUUUGUCAAUAAUAUUCCUUUGGAUGGAAAAUUUCUUGAGACGAAGAAUGGCAUGUUGAUCGGGGUUUCACAGGUCCUCCAGAUACAGAAGAAUCGUUGCACUGCCAAUACCACCACCAUACAAAAGUCAAGAUGCGGCAAGUGUGAGAAGGGGAUCAAGUGUCCCUCUGGAUCAGUUCUUGUGGAAUUGCCAGGCAGCAAGAAUCUUGCUCGCUGUGAAUUACAUUCUGGGAAUAAAAGAAUACUUGGCUGCCAUUUCAUCUGUGCAAAAGUUUCUCUGAGGUCCGUCUGCUGCCCCGGCUACUAUGGACACAUGUGCGAGAUGUGCCCAGGGAAGCCAGGCCAGUGGUGCUCUGGGAACGGGGAAUGCCAGGACGGCAUCGAGGGCGGUGGAGAGUGCCGAUGCUUGGAGGGUUUCCAUGGCACUGCCUGUGAAAUGUGCGAAGUGGGCCGAUACGGAGCUGACUGCAAAUCAGAAUGUGCCUGCGACAAUGGCAUAUGUAACGAUGGACUUCAAGGGGACGGAAGCUGCGAGUGUUUCCCGGGGUGGAAGGGCCCUACCUGCCAAGAAAGAAUCGAGAUUGACUUAUGCAAUAACACUUGCCAUCAAAUGGCCAACUGCCUCAAUAGUUCCACAGAUGCCCCACCUACAUGCUUCUGCUCCGCUGGAUACACAGGGAAUGGGACCCAUUGCACAGAAAUAGAUCCAUGCACUAUCGAUCAUGGUGGCUGCUCCGUACACGCUGUGUGUACUAAAGUGUCCCCAGGAGAGAGAACCUGUGUUUGUAAGGAAGGCUAUGCUGGAGAUGGGACGCUCUGCAUGGAAAUUGAUCUCUGUCUCGAAAGCAACGGGGGCUGCCACACCAAUGCAGAAUGCAUUAAAACAGGCCCAAGGAAGGUUGCCUGCAACUGUCUUCCUGGUUACAGUGGGGAUGGUGUGAGCCAGUGCAACCCCAUCAACUUGUGUGAACAGAACAACGGAGGCUGUAGUCCGUUUGGGCUCUGCAAGUAUACAGGCCCUGGCACUCGAAACUGCUCCUGCUCUUGGCACAGUAUCGGAGAUGGCUUCACUUGCCAUGGCAAAGUGUAUCAGGAGCUUGGAAGGAUUGAAGACGCGUCCGUGUUCUUUAAGAUGAUACUGGCAGAAAACAUCAAGGAGCUAAGUGGGGCAGGGCCUUUCACUGUCUUCGUCCCACGGACAGAUUUCAUAGGAAACACCACAACAUUUGAGGAGUGGAGGAGCAGAGGUCUCCUCCGGGACCUGCUUCGCUACCACAUGGUGGGUUGCCAGAAAUUGCUGUCCAGUGACCUGGAAGCCCAGGAGUCCCUUACAUCUUUAUCUGGCCACAAAAUAAAGGUCACAGUGAAAGAGAAUAGCAUCUAUCUCAAUGAGGAAGCCCAAGUGGUUGUGAGUGACAUCAUCGGUGUGAAUGGGGUCAUUCAUUUCAUCAACAAGAUCCUCAUUCCAAGUGACCUGGUGGACCGUAACAUUUCCUCAAAGAUCUCACGGCAAGAUAUCACGGAAGUGGCAGAGGCCUUUGGGUACACCAUUUAUAGCAAGCUGCUGCAGGACGCGGAGCUGCUGCCACUAGUUAGUGACCCCCUGCAUAGACCCUUCACCAUGCUGUGGCCCACAGAUGCUGCAUUUAAUGCCCUCUCAGAGAAAAGGCAGAAGUGGCUGUACCGCAGAGAGCAUCGUGACGUGUUGGCCUCCUACCUCAAAGCACACAUGAUCAGGGACACAAAGAUUGUUGCUGGUAACGUGCCCCAAGUUGAAUCCAUACGGACCAUGCAUGGCUCCACCAUCUCAUUCAGCUGCAGCAAAACCCAUGUGGGGGAGCUUCUGGUGGGAAACGGUGAUGCCAUCAUCAUCCAGAGGCACAUGGAAUUCAAUGGGGGCAUUGCUUAUGGUAUCGAUAGACUGUUGGAGCCACCGGAUCUGGGAUCUCGGUGUGAUGAGUUCAUCUUUGCUGAGCUGCAGGGAUCUAUGGAGAGCUGCGGACUCUGUGGUUUUGAGCCACCCUGCCCUGCUGGCUCUGUUCAACAGGGGAAAACCAGGCACUGCUACUAUUAUGGAAACCAGCUGCUGAGAAACACUUUUCUGUUUCACCGCAACUCCCUAUUGCGGCCAUCCUGGCCGCCCUCCCUGUGGGACCCCCUCAGAAGACACUUCUCUUCCAGGGGGCCUCUGAAACGAGGCUGCAAGAGGAGCUGUGUUUCUACCCAGUGGGUCCCGCAGUGCUGUGCGAACCACUAUGGCCGUGACUGUUGGGCAUGUCCAGGAGGGCUGGAGGCGCCGUGCAGUAACCGUGGUACCUGCGAUGACAAAAUUGGUGGCUCGGGGAGAUGCAACUGCAGCCAGGCUUUCAUCGGGACCAGCUGUGAGCUGUGUGCGCCAGGCAGAUACGGGCCGAACUGCCAAGAGUGUAACUGCACUGAGAAUGGCGUGUGCAACGGAGGACUGCAUGGCGAUGGCUUCUGCUUCUGUGCCGAGGGCUGGACCGGAGACCACUGUGAAAUCAGACUAGUCAUGACGCCCACUUGCUCUCCACCAUGCCACCCCCAGGCUGUCUGCCGCUCUGGCAACCUCUGCGAGUGCAACCUACACUAUGAAGGAGAUGGGAGAAUGUGCUCAGUGAUCGACAUGUGCAGCCAGGACAAUGGGGGCUGCGCCAGGCACGCACAGUGCACGCAGGUUGGCGUGAACGUCUCCUGUGCCUGUGCCUCUGGGUACACAGGCGAUGGCUACGUCUGCAACCCCAUAGACAGGUGUGCGGAUGGUAGGAACGGGGACUGCAGCCAGCACGCCAACUGCAUCAGCACUGGGCCUAACGAGCGGCGCUGCGAGUGCAAGCGGGGCUACAUCGGUGAUGGGAUCCAGUGCCUGGAAGAGGCUGUGCCCCCCACGGACCGGUGCCUGGAAGACAAUGGGCAGUGCCAUCGGGAGGCCAUUUGCACCGACCUGCACUUUCAUGAUAAGACUAUGGGCGUAUUUCAUCUGCAGUCACCCCGAAAAAAGUAUGACUUCACUUACGAGCAGGCUCAGAAGGCCUGUGCUGCAGAAGGCGCUUCCCUGGCCACUUUCCAGCAGCUCUCGGCAGCACAGCAGAUGGGAUUCCAUCUGUGCUUGGUGGGUUGGCUGGAUAACGGCACAGCUGGAUACCCCACAGCCUACCCCAACCCCAGCUGUGGGGCUAACCGAGUGGGCAUCGUGGACUAUGGCUCCCGAAGCAACCUGAGCGAGACCUGGGAUGCGUUUUGCUACCGGGAGAAGGAUCAGACUUGCAGCUGCCGUGAUGGGUUCGUGGGAGAUGGGUAUUGGUGCAGCGGCAAGCUCCCUGAUGUGCUCGCAGACCACGCUCGCUUCUCCACCUUCUAUUCCAUGUUGCUCAAUUUUGCCAAUGACACGGAAGAAGGACUGGAUUUUUUCAUCUAUUUGUCUGAUGACUCCACUCCCAAAACUCUCUUUGUCCCUCUGAAUUCUGGCUUCACAGACAAUGAAACGCUGACAGGAGAAGAACUGAAGCUCCAUGUGUCAUCCAGCAAUGUCGUCCUCUUCAGCUUCAACCUCACAACGGGCACCAUCAUCCCGUCCCAGUCAGGAUAUGACCUCCAUGUAUCAGACCUCCCAAUGGGCAACAGUACAGAGCACUCAGACACCAGGGGGAUCAAUGACACGAUGAUUGUGGAGUGGGAUAUCAUAGCUUUCAACGGCAUCAUUCACGCAAUUGCAGAGCCACUGAGGAUCCCAGCGCCUGUUGUGCAUCUUGGUCAGGUGAACGGCAUGGCGCAGGCAUCGGGCUCUGUGGCCAAAGGGACGUUGUCAGCGCUUUGCUUUGCGCUGGUGCUGGCCGCCGGUGCCGGUGUUGCCUAUUACUGCGUGAAGAGGCGGCGGCGGGAGGAGCAGUUCGGGUACUUUCAGGCGGACCUGCGCGCAGACGAGGAGGAGGAAGAAGCGGUGCCGGAGCAGGAGCGCGCGGGGCUGCGUGCCGCCAGGCCCCGCCCCCAGCGGCCGCUCGUCGCCAUCCCCAACCCGCUCUACGGCGGCCACGCCCCCGACUACGAACCGCUGCACGACUCGCUCCUGGCGGAUGCCUGCACCGACACCCGCGGCUUCCUGCAGUGA